CUUCAGAAUCUUAAUUGAUGCGCCUCAAAUACAGUCUUCGCCUGUUCAACCAGGAGGAGGUCACGACAACCUUCCCAUCAACCGGGAAUUUGGGCACUAGCGAUUUGAAUAGUUUCUUCCAUCACUAUGGGCGCAUUCUUUAUACACAUUCUUAUGAAUACUCAGAAUUCUCCAACACAUCAUAACCGAACAGCUGAGUCGACAGUUUUAUUGCCGCGACGUCUUGGCGUGCUUCAGCCCCAAACAAAAUUGUAAUGAGCGAUAUAGAAUGAAGCAGCAUUGCAGUACUAAAGAGCUGACAAAAUGGACCAGUGUUUCUCACUGGGGGAAAACGGACGAAAGGUGGCGCGCUAUGAUGGAGCUUUGCCCGCCAACAAGACAAUCAAACUAUGUGGCAGCACCACGACAUCGGCGCCCCGCGCAAAGAGCGAACUGGCGUUUACAACGCGGCGGACCUUGAGCCUCACUGCUGCACCUGGCCUUGCAGAGAGGGAUGUUGUCGCCAGGCUCGUCUCCUGCGGCAUGGGAGACGCGCUCCCUCUGCUUGGCCGGGAGAUCCUCAGCCGGGAGCUUCAAGACUUUCACCAGCCUGUGGCGGUGUUGUGCGUGAAGAAUGUGAAAAGCACGGCCGCUGGCAGGUCACCACUCCAACUGACAACAGCCGACCACCUCAGCACUUUCAGCAGCCUGAAUGCAGACAUGUGCACAUCCGCGGUGCCCGCGUCAGCCUUGGUGCGCCAGGGCAGUGGGGAAGGCCGCACGCGGCUGUUGUUUGCUGGCGAGCAGGGCGGCGGCGGCGGCAUCUCGGUGGGCUGCGUGCUCACCAACGCGGCGGCGGUGGGCGCGCUGCAGCUCAAGGACGAGCAGGUGAGGCGGAGGGGGGGAGGGGGUAGUUUACUCCAAGCCAUGGGCCGGGGGGCGGUAGUCGUGUCCAAUACCAGGUAGUUAAAGAUCCAGCACCCAGCAUCAGUUCAGGAGGUGAGUGGGGAUCAGGGCAGGGAGCAAGGCUGUGGUAGCAGGUCAAAGCUACCCGGAAGUGUAGCCCGGAGUUCGGGUUGAGUUACAUCAGCCUGCAGGGGUGCCCUGAAUGACGCUGCUCGUGGAGCGGCUUUCAGUCUACUUGCACGUACGCAGAAGCAUAACCUUUUGGCGGCGGACAUUAGGAUGCGUCUAUUUGACUCUCAAGUCAGAGCUAUUGCCACUUAUGGCUGUGAAGCGUGGGGCCCCGACAUGAUAGUUGACGCGCUGAAUGGAGGGCCGCAAGGCAACAGGGGACAUGACAGGAACAACUUAGCGGAAGGCCUGUUUGAGGCUGCUUUGAAGGAUGAGACCGUGAAACUCCAAACUAACUUUAUGAGGCAGUGUACUGGUGCAGCACGGCCCGCCAAUCGGCUCCUUUAUGCAGAAUUAGGUCGGCUACCGUUGCAGUACCAUGUCUUUAAGAUGCUUAUUGGUUUCUAUAACCGCAUUCGCAAACAGAAGCACACUUACUGUUACCGUGCCCUGACUGAGGAGCUAGUUGAGGCAGUUGAUGCCAAGAGUCGCCCACAGGGCCAGCCCGCUGAUUGCAGGUUAAGCUGGGGCCAAUCAUUUCUGCGGAUAAUUGAGCAUUUUGCCGAUGUGUGGAAGGGUAUGCCGGAUACUACACGACGUAGUAGCGUGAGAGCGCGGGUUGAUUGGCUACUCUCCAACCCAUUGGACGAAGCUGAUCUUGCUGGAGCUUUCCGUGAGCGCAUGAUGGACGGUUGGACGCACGAACGGCUACAGUGCAUACCAGAUUCUUUCCCAUCUGUUGUUGUUGUUGUUGUUGGUUACAAGGUGGUGUGCACGAGCAUGCGUGCUAUCCUGUCCCCGUAAGUACCAGUGGCCCGGGCCGGUGGGCCCUUAUAACGCCGGGAAACUUACUUUGCGCAACGAAGUUAGGCGUGUUCGACUGUACUACUCAAUGCCAACUACGUCAACAUCUGAUUCUAAACAACCAGGUAUGCACAUGGCCAAGUACAAGCACUGGAUGGGGCUCAGCUUUGAGCGCCGCGCACCCUGCAUGCACCCACCCCACGCGCAGUGUAUCAUUCCGUAUGAGGCUCACAGAGGCUUGAUGAGAUUCCGUAUGUGUUGCUGGCCUCUAUCUGCAAAUAGGAACCAGCAUUUGCCGAGAAGUGAGAGGCGCUGUUACUGCUGCAAUCAUGGAGUUGAGGAUGAACGGCACGUACUCCUUGAGUGUGAGGCUUACGCUGACAUAAGAGAAAGUUACGGACUUGCGGGCAAUAUGCAACAGAUCAUGAAUGCUUCGGAUCAAACCGUGCUAGCAUGCUGUCUUAGUGAUAUCUGGGCUAGACGUAACAAGCUUCUGAGGUUGAGAGAUUCUGCCUUGCGUGUGCAUGAAGCUCACAACAUUGCUAACAGGAGAGACGAGGAGCCCUUGCGGCUCGGUUAGUCUCGUUACAGGUUCAGGAAUGCACACUUCCAACCCUGUAACACAUCAUCAGA